AUGGUUCCUUUCACGCUCAGAAUAUCGUACUCUGCCAAGAAGAAGUGGUUCAAGGUGCAAAUCGAUAACAAUUUGUGCUUCAAGACGGAUGCGAUUUCUUUUAAGAACCUCAAGGAAGACUUAACAUUUGGUACCACGGGCUCUAUUGACGGUAAAUCUGAUGAAUAUUGGGAAAUUCUCAAGAUGUCAGUUUAUAACGAGCUCACCGAGGACGCCAUCGACGAUCAUGGAAUCAUUGCUGACGGUACUGCAAAAGUUGUCACUGUCACCCAGCAAGAACAGCAAGCAACUUUUCAUCCGUCUCACAACAGAGAGUCACUCAUGGAGAGAACAAGAAAAUGGAGGGAGCAAAAUGGCCAGGAGCCACAAGAGCAACGAGCUGCUGGAAGCCUUGAUGCGAGCACGAUUGAUCUUUCGGAGGUUCAUCAGAGACUCGACAAAUUAGAAAAUUUGAUUUUGCUGCUUGCAAAUAGAGACAGCGCUGCUCCAGACUCAACUGUCCUCAAUCAGAUCGUGGACGCACAGAUUCGUCAAAAUCGAGUGCUCGAAACGUUGCAGAACAAUUACGCACGCUUGGAAGAACAAAUUCAGAAUCAAAACAACGAUAUUGCCAGAUCAAUUCUCAAAGAAUUCAGCAAUCAGAGAAAAGAGAUUGGGAAUUUGGGCAGCUACGUUCAAUCACUUGCCAAGUCAGGAACCCCGGAUUUGAGCUCUACAAUUGCCCCGGAGACCGUUGAGUCAUUUCAAAGAUACCUGAAAUGGAUCUUGAUUACUAUAAUUGCGGUCAUUGUGGUUUUGAGUGUGAUUGUUCACAGACUCAGAAAGGAUGUCAAACACUCGAAGCUACUUUGA